AUGGCGUGCUGCGUUGACGCUGAAACUGGACAGGUGCAGCAGGAAGUUCGACGACCUAAUGUUGGUACGACUUCCACCAACAUCGAGCGCAUCACAACCGUGCACUUUCACCCGACGGAGCCAAACUCGGUACUACUUGGAACUGACAAAGGAUUCAUCUACUGCCAUGAUCUCCGCGUCAAAGACGUCGUUACUACGUACACAAAGUUAUUCGGCGGCGUCCACGACUUGCUAUUCCUCGAUGAUCAUGGCCAACGGUUUGUGUCGAGUGCUGACGUUAAGCAGCGUAAUGCCAGCAAUCAGACUCUGCUAGUUUGGGAUUGGCGCUCUGCUACAUUGCUCUAUGAUCGUCUAGACAAUAACAUGCUGGCGCAUUCUUGCCUCCGAAAACAUCCAGCAAGGCCGUACUUCGUUGCGCAGUGCAGUGGUAACUAUGCGAGUCUCUAUUCGUCACGGGCUCCGUACAAGUGCGUCAAAGGUCCUAGCGUUGACGGACGCCGUCCACCUCUUCGUUUUGAAGGAAGCCAUGAAGUCGAGGGCUACAGAGUGCAGGGCAGCUUUUCUCGCAAUGGUGCAUUGUGGGCGUCAGGAGAUGCUUACGGGCGCGUGGUACUCUACCGCACAUCAGGCAAACGUGAACUGGCGGAAAGGUUUCAGCUGUAUGCUCGAAACAAUGCUUGCAUUUGCGCAGUGUUCCAACAGUCCUAUGAUGAAAGUUCGGAUGUGCUGCUCACCGGCAGCGUCCAUGGUCGCAUUGACCUGUUUAAGCACUAA